AGGUGUCAAAUGUCAAUUCGUAAAACUUAACAAAGAUCUAUAAAAACACAAAAUGUUUAAAAUUGUGUCUUGGAAUACAUGUAGACAUUUUUUGGAGAAUAACUUAUUAAGUGAUAAAAAAAUGGUGAAAUCUAUUAUUCAACAAGUAAAAUUUUCAGUUAAUCUACCCCUUCGGAGUGGACAUCAACAGACUUUACCGUUGACUCCGUCAAGAUUUCAAUGGCACAAAUUUAAAGAUAUGUUCCACUUUUACGCGAUGGUUGGUUUGAUUCCUGUCGGUGCUAUCAUAUUUUACUCAAACGUUUACAUUGGCCCCGCUACGCUGUGUGAAAUCCCACCUCAUUACUGUCCAAAACACUGGGAGUUCCAUCGACACCCGAUAACUAGGUUCAUAGCGCGUUACAUUCACAACAGUCCUCAACAGGAGUAUGAGAAAUUCCUACAUUACAUUGACGAGGAACAGCAAAAAGUAAAAUUACGAGCUCUACAAAAGGCCGUGCUUAAAAAAAUGUCUGAGAGACACGAUUACCAGGCAUAUUAUUAUAGACCUGUGUACAAUAAAUAUAUUCGAAUAAAUAAGAUGGUUGGUGAAAAGUUGUUUAACCAAAUGGGCGAUGAUUACAAUGAUGAUGAGGAAUGAGGAAGUUUAAAAAUCUCGUGUGCAGUUCACAGAAGUGAAAAUUUAAACAAAUUAAACUUAGAGAGAAUGACACGAAAGGCUUAUGUAAAGGAUGAAAUAUGUGAUGCGAAACACCACGAAAUACCUACUCCUUAAUGUAGGUACCUAUUUUAUGUCAUUCUCUCACAAGCUAAGCCCUAUAGGUUAGAUGUAUAUGUUUGUCUCUUUGUAGUAUCUGUUUUUCGUUACAUCAAGUUUUUAAUUUAAAACCUAGCUACAUUUACAAGGAUACGAAAAUCUUUGGAAUGUAUUAUUUUAAUUUCGUUUUGAGUUGUGACCCAACAUAAUUUUCACAUGAUUACGAAACUAAAUAAAAUGUUUCUCAAAGUUUUGUCACAAUUCGAUACCAUCGUAACUUCAGAAUAUAUUGAGGUUAUGAUCUUUUAACCAAUACAAGUUUAUUGCAGCAAUAAAUUUGAUUUCCUCGC